AUGGUUUCUUCUCAAUUAACUGCUUUAAUUGAAAACAAGCCAUUCAAAUCCUCCAAGAACUAUUUCCAAUUCCCAAAAAACCCUCCCAAUGAAACAUCAGAUACUCUUGAAUUGGACUUUUCUGAUACAUUUAGUCCUCUCCCACUGCCAGCUAGCAAUUAUGAAAUUCCAAGCGACGACCCUGUGGUCAUUUACAACCGUUCACAUUCUUUAGUGGGUCCCACGCCAUGUGUAAGCCACUUGCUGAAUCUAAGGAAGUUAACCAUAUGUGAAACGGAUGAAUCAUUGGAGGAUUUUAGUGAUGUGAUAGAUAAAGAGAUUGAAGAAGAAGAUUCUGAAAAUGGUUGUAAGGUGAAAACCAUAGGGCUUGAAGAUUUUGAAGUCAUGAAAGUUGUGGGGCAAGGGGCUUUUGGUAAAGUGUAUCAAGUGAGAAAGAGAGAUAGUUUGGAAAUAUAUGCAAUGAAAGUUGUGAGAAAAGAUAAGAUUGUGGAGAAAAAUCAUGCUGAGUAUAUGAAAGCAGAAGAGGAUUUGGCACGUAUUUGUGCUGCAGAGAUUGUUUCAGCUGUUUCUCACCUUCAUGCAAAUGGGAUAAUGCAUAGGGAUCUUAAGCCUGAAAAUAUACUACUUGAUGUGGAUGGACAUGCAUUUCUUACGGAUUUUGGGCUAGCAAAAGAGUUUGAUGAAAAUGCAAGAUCAAAUUCUUUAUGUGGAACAGUAGAAUACAUGUCACCUGAAAUUAUUCUUGGUAAAGGCCAUGACAAGGCUUCUAAUUGGUGGAGUGUUGGAAUCUUUUUGUUUUGA